AUGUACGAGGCGUAUCCAGAAAAUUGUCUGUGGUUGAACAUUCUGCGAUGUUUCCGCAAAUUUCCAGAUCUCUACUACACGAAACCAUCACAGAAUCCCUCCGAUAUCGGAAACUUUCCGAGAGAUUAUUAUCUCUCUACCUCCCUGAAGCUGCACAUGGGAGGGAAAAGGUUUUCAACCGACGAGGAGGUAAAGCAGGAGGUAGAGAAGUGGACGAAGGUGUUGGCGAGAAACAACUUCGAGGAAGGCAUCAAAAAGUUGAUACCCCGCUUCACCACCUGUGUCGAAAAAUAG